UUGUGAAUUCUGACAGAUGCCAUCUGUCAAAUUCCGAGGGACGCAUUUGCGAUGUUUUUGUGAGUGUUUUGGUGGAUUUUCCGCAAAAAAAGUGAAUAAGAACAAUUACUAAGCAAUUCCGCAACAACAAGAUAAAAUUAUCAGUUUUCGAUGCCAAGAUGAGCAGCAGUUCGCAAUACAUGCAAAAUUCAAACGCCAAGAACUCGACUGUCGUCCGUUUGGGGGAUAUUGAGCACCUGGCUCAGCUGUCGGAGAAUUUGUCUGCGUUGUGCUUGAGCCACGAAUAUGCGGAUAUCACGCUCGUAAUCGAGGGGCAGAAGCUCUACGCGCACAAGGUGAUUUUGGCGGCACGAAGCGAAUAUUUCCGCGCUUUGCUCUACGGCGGUUUGAAAGAAUCGAACCAAUCGGAGAUCGUCCUGCCCGAUGCCCCCGUCAAGGCUUUCAAAAUCCUAUUAAAAUACAUCUACACGGGCCACAUGUUCUUGAUGACUUUAAAAGAAGACGUAAUUUUAGACACUCUAGGGUUAGCACACCAGUACGGCUUUCAAGACUUGGAAACAGCAAUAUCCGACAUUCUCAAACAAUUGUUGGCCUUGCGCAACGUCUGUGCGAUUCUGGACACCGCACAUUUGUACGGCUUAGAGAAAUUAGUUGAUGUUUGUCACGCGUUUUUAGACAGACAUGCCUCGGAAAUACUGCUUCAUGAAUCAUUCCUGCAGCUUUCACAAGCUUCACUGGUCGAGUUGUUACAAAGAGAUUCUUUUUUCGCACCAGAGGUCGAAAUAUUCAGAGGAGUGUGCAACUGGUGCACUGCUAAUGACGAUAAAGACGAUCGCGUUAUGAAAUGUGUGAGGUUGCCUUUGAUGAGUGUCGCUGAUUUGUUGUCAGUUGUAAGACCGGCUGGAUUGGUCAAACCUGACGCACUUUUAGACGCGAUAGCUGAACGGACCAAUGUCAGGUUGAGCAGUCUGCCACAUCGCGGACAAUUAAUAUUGGAGGAAAACGUUGCCUCGCCUCGAAUGGGCUCGAAAGUCGUUGCGGGGGAAUUACUUGAGUAUUUGUUAGACGGUGACUAUUACACCUAUGACAUGGAGAAGGGCUAUACGAGGCACCCUAUAAACGGGCCGGGGGAUCAAGGGAUUAUCAUUAAACUGGGAAUGCCUUCAAUCAUCAAUCACAUCCGCAUGUUGUUGUGGGAUCGUGAUUUGAGGUCAUAUUCGUACUACAUUGAAGUGUCCAUGGAGCAAAAAGACUGGGUCAGAGUGGUGGAUUAUAGUCAUUAUUGUUGUAGGUCUUGGCAGUAUUUGUAUUUCGAAAAUCGUGUCGUGCAGUUUAUUCGAAUUGUCGGUACACACAACACUGUUAAUAAGGUGUUUCAUUUAGUUUCGUUUGAAGCUUCGUGUAAAUUAAGCAUUCCCAAAAUGGUAAACGAUAUCAUUUGUCCGAAUUACAAUGUAGCGACUUUGGAUAAGAGUGCUGUGGUUAUAGAGGGCGUUAGUCGGUCAAGAAAUGCGCUACUGAACGGCGACACGAAGCAUUACGAUUGGGAUUCAGGUUACACGUGUCACCAGCUAGGAUCAGGGGCCAUUCUGAUCCAACUAGGCCAGCCGUACGUGAUCUCAAGCCUGCGCCUCCUGCUGUGGGACUGCGACGACCGCACUUACAGCUACUACAUAGAAUCGUCGGUAAAUGUAUGGGACUGGGAGAUGGUGGUCGACCACACGCGCGAAAACUGCAAAUCCUGGCAGCUGAUCAGAUUCCCUCCGCGACCAGUCGUCUUUAUCCGGAUCGUAGGAACGCACAAUUCGGCCAAUGAGGUGUUCCACUGCGUCCACUUUGAGUGCCCCUCGUGCGAAGACCAGGGCAGUUCGGGCUCCGCCAAACCGUCAACUAGCAAGAGUAUUACUCCAGAGAAAGACGUGUCGAUGCAAACGGCGGAAAUCGCCACCGAAGCCGAAGAGAUGAAUUCGGAGGAGGAGGACAAAAUAUGAAAGACAGCAUCACGUAAUUUGUUUAUUAAUUUCUUUAUGUAUUGUUGGCUUUCAAUAAUGAUCGUGUCCAGUUUUUAUUUCAUUAUGACUACUUUGUUUUGAGGGAUUAACACAACACUAAUCGCGGGCGUAAAAUGAUAUUAUUUCCGGGGGGGAGUGAGGGCAAUGUGUGAUGCAUUUGGGUAGAGAAUUUGUGAUAAUUUGUUGGAAAAUUAAGUGAUGAAGAUUCCUUUUCCAAACGUUAGCAAUAAAUUAUUCAAAAUGUGACUAUAAUGUUUGUCGGGUGUUAUUGCUUAGACUUUUAACACUGUACUAAGAGUAUUUUUAUGAUGUUUUAUGUGAAAAGAGAAACUUUACAAAUAAAGGUAGAGAUUGUUGCUA